UGUCUGACUUAUAUCCUUUUCCUAGUUUGAUUGUUGUUGGACUACGCGCCGCUUAUUGUCUUAUCAAGGCGCUUGAUUCCGUGAUUUACAGGUAGUUAUGACACGGACUUGUUGCUUUCUAUGUCUGUCAUGAUAUCGCAGCGGUAUCCUUUGCAAUUUCAAUAGAAUCAUUUCAUCCACGACUAGUCAUUGUGUCUGUUCAAUCCAUCUUUACGUUUCGUCUUUUCGAUUACGUUUAUUGCGUUCAGAACACUUUUAAAAUAAUAUUCCAAAUAUCUUAAAAUGGAAAAGAAACACAACAGUUGCCAAAAGGGGUAAUUUGGUAUUUUAAUAUCCAAUAUUUUCAAGCCAUUUAUGAAUUAAACAUAUAUAUGUCUUUUUGUUUUUGCAAUAUUUCAGGGUAUAUUCAUUGAGCUGUACAAAGUGUGUCCGCUAAUCUUUCAGGUCGACAAAAGCUGAAACAGCACACGUGAGCCAAACUAAUUUAAAGAUACGGAGUGAUACCACGACCUCGUCAGGAAAGGCUUCAUCGUCCAUCCCAUAAUGCAUCACGGGAGGAAGCGGAAUUGCCCUAGCACAUGCGUAGACCGCAACGAAAAUGUCAAACCAAUGGGAGUAGACAUCGGUUCACAAACAAGUGAGAGUGCUUCUGCUUUCUUGAGCUCCCUGAACGACGCCUUGAAGUCCCGUGAGGCCUUUAGACCAGGCGAUUCCUCAAAGCAAUGUGACGUUCAGGCAGGAAGACAAGAAAUCAUUAAACCUCAGGCGCGCAGAGGGAGACCGAGGAAGGACUGGGGCUGGCAUGAAAGCAGCGUCAAAGAAAAGAACCUAAGAGACGAUUACAACCAUAACUUAUGGUUGGCGCAACAGGAAUUUUUAAAAGAAAUGUCGGCAAAGCAAAGCGUUGUCAAUCGCGUAGCGCUAAGUGAGCGAGUUGGUUAUGAUCACGUGACCCUUGAAAAGCUUCAUGGAAUUGAUCAAGUGCCCAUCGGCGGAAUUCAUAGAGCUGAUCACGUGACCUUUGACGAGCGAAGUCUGGCUGAUAACGUGGCUCUAGGCAAGCGAAAUGGGUUGAUCUUUAAUGGUCUUCGCAAUGGCUUUGCGCCCUACUGCGGUCUUCAGCUAGAAAACAACCUUGAUCAAAUUUUGCCAGGCUCUGCCAAGGUCACUGGACAUCACGUGACUGAACCACGCCCUGCACAAGCCAACAGUGAUCACGUGACGUGUAGUGGUUAUUUGGAACACGCGGGAAAGCGCUUCGAUGCGGAACGCUGGCAAAGGGAACAAAUAUACCGUGACCAUGCCCCGCCACUGAACAAAUGGCCGUACUACGAGGAGUUCCCGCGGGAUCUUCGAUUCAACCUGUUGCGGACUAGCUUUGAGAUCCCGCGAAUGCCGUCUAGUUUUUGCCCCUGUCAUUCGUGUUACGAAAUGCGUGAGAGGGUGCGCGUUCAAUGGAUGCUUUCCCCGGACAGCUUUUUACUUGAGACGCAAAUCAAGUUAACAAAUGAGCGUCAGGAGAUUGAAUGUGAACACAGGGGGCCCAUGAUUAUGAGGACCCCAUGGCGUGAGGAGAGUGAUGAGGGAUUCCGGCGUGCAGAGAAUGGUGGGAGUCCCCGGAGCGCAGAGGAUGGUGGGAGUCUCCGGCCUGCAGAGAAUUGUGGGAGUCCCCGGCUUGCAGAGAAUGGUGGGAGUCCCCAGCGCGCAGAGAAUGGUGGGAGUCCCUGCUAUAAACAAAAGUGCCUAAGUGCCCGGGAUGAAGAGAACAAUGGAAUUUUCCAGCGCGCAGAAAGUAUCACAAGUCCCCGGCUUGAAGUGAUUGACGGAAAUUAUAAGAAAGGACCUGUUCUUACAGCUUGUUUCAGCCUGGCGCCACGAGAUGAGCACGUUGAUGACUCCCAUGUUGGAAUCUAUACUGAAUCACGUGUUGCUCACAAGGAUAUGAAGCUACCAAGUCACGUGACACAGGAAGUCAACCAACAAAUAUUACAUUGUUACAAGUCGCCUAAACGGCUAAUCGACGAAAUUAAGGGACCUUCUAUUGUCACCAAGCAUUCGCUUGAAAAUAAGACAAGUGAAAUAACUCAAAAACGCAAAGCCCCGACCUCAGAAUACAUGGGAGAUUUUGAGACAGACAGAAGCGAAGCGCAGAUAGAUGAGCGGAUUAAAAUAAAUGUGGAAAAACAAACUUUAUCUGUGAAAACUCGGAAUGGGCUCUGUUCUACCUGGAAUGGAAGGAGAGAAGGAAAUGAUUAUCAAAGGUCAAAAUCAUUUGAAGAUUUUCAGAUGGAGAAGCAAUGUAAGAUAAGAAAAUUGAAAAGACAUUCCUUAGACAUGGGUGUGCUUAUUGGGCCGCAUAAUGAGAAAAAAUUUGAUCAAUUCGAUGGAGAUCUGUCGAGGAAAGUACCAAAUAAUGCGUACUUUGGGGAAAUCAAAGAGAAAACAACACACAGAGAAAGGAUCUUGACUUCUGCCUCUCCACCAAUCAGACUCACUGACUCGAGAGAGGGGUCUCCACCAAUCAGAAUAACUGACACAAACAAGGUGUCUCCACCAAUCAGAUUGACUGAUAAAUGCAAGGCAUCUCCACCAAUCAUGAUCAGCAAUGAUGUAACGUGCUUGAAAAUAAAGAAAGAGAAUAUUGAGUCGUAUUGCAUGACGGAAGAUAGCGCCGAUGUUGAUCAUGACAAACCCGGGUUUAAGCAAGAUGCGUCUGUAUACGCACUUGGACCACAGGACGUUCAUCACGGACAAAGCGCAUCUGCCAAUUAUAAGCAAGCUCAAAACUGUCAGUUACAUCAGACAAUACCCAAUCACAAACAAGCACGGGUUAUCAACAGCAGCCAAGAACUAACAACAACGGAAAGUUGUCAUUCAUCGGUUAUAGUGGCCAAUCAAAAAAUAUCAAAAUUUGACAGUUUAGAAACAUUGACUAAAGAGGGGCCAACGGAGAAAGCCGAAAGCUGUCAAUCACCUAACAUGUUGACCAAUCACAAAAUAGGCAAUGAUGCGACUAAAUCCACCAAAGCUUAUGGAGAAGAAAUGAGUAAACACUGGCGUCGAAUGUGCGCGAUACUUCAUAGCACUUCCCAGCCGGAGGACAAGCCUAAGGAAUAUACGUGCGAAUUCUGCGGUCGAGCCUUCACACACUUGUCCAGCUUGAAUAACCAUACGCGCACGCACACCGGGCAUAAACCAUUCAAGUGCGACUACUGUGGCAAGCGAUUCGCUCAGAGCGGAGUAUUGACAGCUCAUCUCAGGACGCAUACCGGCGACAGGCCAUUUAAGUGCCCUAUCUGUGGGCGGGAAUUCGCACAGACGACAACACUUUCUAACCAUAUCCGAACACACACGGGACAGAAACCCUUCCGUUGUCGCACGUGCUUCAGAGCGUUUGCCCAGUCCUCAACACGCAACAAGCACGAGCUGUCGCAUUCCAGAGAGAAGCCCUUUAACUGCAAGUACUGCGAUAGAUCAUUCUCGCAAAGCUCCACGGUCCUGCGACACAUGCGCACGCAUGACAAAGAUAAGAGUUACCGCUGUGUUCACUGUGGGCAGGUGUUUGCUUACCUGUACGCCUUGGAUAAACAUCUUGAUACUCACGGCAGAUAGAACAAAGGCCCAGUAACCAGCACCAGCGGAGGGGCUAAGGGGGGAGGGGGAGUUGACCAAAUUUUAGGCGUAUAUACUUGGAAAUGAGACAACCAAAGGGUCUGUCAGCCGCAGCCAUUUUGUCAUCCUAGAAGGUACCAAGUAUGGAAAAGCAAAAAGGAUCCAUUUCAAUCGGUUGAUUUGGGAGAAUUCAGCUAUUGUGAUGUUUUUUUAUUAGACUUACCAAGUGAAGUCUAAAACUUUGUUUUUAGAUGGACAUUUCAUUAUUUCCUCACUCAUACGAAUCUCAUUCAAUAUCGAAUGAAAACAAUAACAAUGAUGUGGCUGAAGAAAGCUUUUUAGGUGUUAUACUUUGUUUAUAUCCUUUCAAAACUGACCUUUCUGCAUGUACUUCCCUGUUAAACGUACAUAUACACAGUACAUGCCGAAACUUCUGUUUUGAAAUCAUAAACAGCGUAUAACUUAACGGUCUCAUUUUAAUAUUUGGUGGACUGAAUCCUCCCCACCCACCCCCAAUUCCCUCCUGUUUCACAACCCAAGAAAAGUGCUUGAAUUUUUCUUACCAUCAGCAUCAUAAUGACAAUGUCAUCACAACCAACUUCUUUAUCAUCAUAACCCCGAACACAUGGCCACCCAUUGACAUAAUCAUCAACAUCAUCAUCAGCUUGUUAUAAGAGGGUUUUUUAAAGGCAAAUGUCCACAAGGAGUAUUUAUAUGUACCCAUAUACCCACAAAAUCGAUUAUUUAAAUGUAUCUAUAUGUCCCAAAAAGUGGAGUAUUUAUAUGUAUCCAUAUACUCACAAAGUGGAGUAUUUAUAUUUCCCAGCAAACAAAAGAAACACGUAUUUAAACAUGGGAAAGGAAAGUAAUUGCUAUGCCAAUUUUGAUAAACGGAUUUUAACAGGAGCUUAUACUCCAGGUUGGUUUUUGUAAUUUGUAAUAUUUUUUUUUAGAAAGUAGAUAGUUUUAACCCUUUAAAGCCGCAUUGUCACCAGUUUCCUUCCGGAGGUCCGACGAUAACCUCAACCGUUAAAAGACAAAAGAAUCUAGUAAAAUCCGAGAUAUUUUACAGGCCAUCGGCUCUAAAUUAUCAAUCACAUCCUUAAAGAAACUUUCAAUAAACACACUGCUUUCAAUGUUUUUCGCGUUUUCCGUUAAAAAUCAUCGGAGAUCGUUACGUAAUCGACCGGAAGUGACAAUGCGGCUUUAAGCAACGGCAGAAAUCGGAUGAUUACCCACCUGUCAUUUUGGUGGUUUCAAAAGGAAGGAAUUUAUAUAAGGCACCAUAUAAAUAUGUGUAUAUCUGUUCAAUAUAUGUUUUGGUCUGUGGUGGUGAAAAGGUUAAAGUAGAUAAUUUUGAACAAAAAAGUAGCAUUUAAAGGAUAAUUUUUGAAUCAAUAUUAUUUUUAAAUAAGUGUAAUUGCUGAAAUACAACAAAACUUUAGUUUUCCAUGAUAUAAGGAUCACUCAGUUAAAAGGAAAAAAUGGCCACCAAUUAAAUCUAAAUAAUCCCACAAAGUAACAAUAUUUUGCAUCUUCAAAAUACAUCGUAAUAAAGUAGCUAAUUAUGAAUACCUUAGAAGAGAAUGGAGAAAAGAUACCAUACAACUGGGAACCCUGUAUCUCUGCGCACGCAAGUUUAUUAUACCAGUGCCUUUCUAAUCAUUGUGGCAUUUGUCUGUCUUUAUUAAAGCCGCAUUGUCACCAGUUUACUUUCGGAGAGCUGAUGGAAACCUCAAACCGACAAUAGACAAAAUAACCUAUUAGAACUUGCACUGUUUAACAGGCCAUCCGCUCUUAAUUAUCCGCCACAUCCUCAAAAAAACGUCCAAUAGACACGCUUUUACAAUUUUCAAAUAUUUUUGGCAUUUUCCAUUAAAAUUCAUUGGAGAUUGUUAGGUUGAUUGGACAUCGACAGGAAGUAGACUGGAGACAAUGCAGUUUUCCAAGUGAGAACGCUAAACAUGGUGUCAGAAAUGGAAUCCAUGGCCUGUUUGGUGAAAGCACAAGAAAAAAAAUCAUUCAAAACUGAGGAAUGGACUCAAUGGAUCCCAAGAUUCAAUAGGUAUCAUGGGAGUGACAAAUCAUGAAACACAUGGCAAAAUAAUUGUAUGUGCACAGGGACACAGGGUUUCCAUCUUAUGCAACAUGUGCCAUAUCACUUUCUUAUGAAUGCAAAACAUUACCACAAAACACAGGGCAUGUUAUAUGUAAAAUGUACCUGUGGUGUAAUCUCACGAGCUGUAAGCUCUCACAUAAAAUUAUCUAACAGUAAUAGCAAAUAAAAAUAGCAUUUCAUUUGA